AUGACUAGGGCUAUCGCCGUCGCAUCCCCGGGUGAAGACAUAUCGAACACCACUGGAGACUCCGCGGGCGAGCCUGUGCUGUCUCCGGCAAAUAGCAAUGCUGAUGCAGACUUCCUCCAUCAGGACCCGUGGGACGCGUCUCAACAUCUCCUGGAAAACAUGCCUGAGCUUCCUACCAUGGAUUUCUUCUUGGACUAUCCUGACGACGACAAUGCACUCAGACCUAGCUGGAAGAACACGGAGGACAAGAGUGCACCUGAGCCUCGCCGGCUAGACUCAGCCAUUGACAUGUCGGACGUUCCCACCAUCUCUCCAACGCAGGCGCCACGAAGAGUCGAGACCAAGAAGGUAGCAAUACACGGAUUAAACACCUCAUCCACACAGGCUCUGCCGACCUUUCCAUAUAGUCAGAUAUCUCCGAAAGCCCAGUUUCCAUUCCGCGCUGGCUGCCAUGCACAGGAUGCCAAAGGGGUCGUCGUCGCCGCAGCCGAAAUUCUUGAGAAGCUGGAGUGCAAGAUAUGCGCAGGCUUGUCAGCAAUCGACGAAGUCCUUCGAAUCAACAAAGAAGCCACGCAAGGGAUAACGGAACUUACUAGUCGUGCCGACUAUAUUAAUAGCCUCGGAGGCUCAAUAGUCGUGGUCGCGGCUGCUCAUCACGUUGUCUGCCUUUUCGAAAGCGCAUGCGGCGAGGUAUACUCCCCUCCCAGCCGCAGCAGAUGGUCAAUGUCUUCCAGAACGGACAAUGCACAACAAAAUUCUGCAUCGUUUGGGAAUGCACAGAGACGAUUCCAUGGCAGCUCAGCAGGAUGCUCUAAUGGGCUGGCCGCUGCGCCAGGAAUCGGGUUCGGUUCCUUUCUACUUGAUCCCCAGGAACAGGCGGCUUUGGGCGCCCAGAUUAUAUCCACCGAGCUACAUCGCAGUCUACGGAUGGUGCAAUCGCUUUCUAUGCCUCUGCAAACCCGCUCUGUUGGCCCUGACCCUGCGAGUGCGGCGGUAGAUAGGUGGCUCCAAGAUUUGAAGCAGCGGUUACGGAGUCUUAUUUCUGCGGUUGAGAGUAGCGAGAGGAUGUGGCCUCGAUAA